UCCUGAAACUCAAAAGGAGCCCAAUUAUCAAGAUUUAUGGAGAAUGACUCAUACAAACAACAAUGGAGAAUGGGUAAAUGAGGCUUCUAGGGAAGUUCAUAUGAAGGUUCAAGAAACUUCCAUGAAGAUGUUAGAACAAGCAGAUGAGGAGGCUGAGAAAGAUCCAAUUAUCAAUGGUGCUUUUAAAUCAGUUUUAGGGGAACGUUCAUUUUAUUGUCGUGGUCUUGGUGCUGGAAUUCAACCAACAAAAGGAAAAUCUACUGCAGCUUUACAUGGACAAUUAGUGAGCGAGCGAGAAAAGCGUCAGGGCAUGGAAAUGAAACUGGUAGAAGUUGAGACUCAACUUCAAGAAGAGCGUAGCAAGAGAGAAGAAAUGGUUGCGCGCAUUGAAGAUAGUCAAAGGCAACUUGAAGAAAGGGAAAAACAAUUUGAAGAAAAAGUAGAAAAGCAACUUGAGGAAAGAAUGGAAAAGAAACUUGAGGAAAGGAUGGCAGCCUUCUUUUUUAGAUUCCACUCGGUAAGUAAGAAUAUCAUUUAAGUGUACAACAUUAUGAUGAGUUACUAAAUUUAUUUUCUAAGUUCUACUAUUUUGCAAUGUUGAACUUUUUAUAAGUUGAUGUUUUGAAUAUUUAAUAGGCUGGACAAUCUUCAUGAGGUUGAAACUACUGAGAACAGGGUUGCACACAUGUAAGUUAUAAUUACUUUUCCUAAGUUCUAGCAUGCAUUUUGUCGUCUAAAAAAAGUAUGCAUUUCUAUUUUGUGUCUUCUAGGUUCUGCCCAAGCUCUGUUUUGUUUUUAUGGCGUGGUUCAUGAGUUUGGUUUUGCUUCUAUCUAGGACAGAGUUUGGGUUUUCUCUAUCAAGCUUCUUACCUUAUAUGUGUGUUG